ACAGACCUCUACAAAGCGCUUCAAAACCUGCACAAAAAAUAGAGAAUCGAACAUCCUAAUAAUUACGCAAAGGUGUGGCCAGUGUGUUGCAAAAGGAAAAUCAUGAGAUGCAUUUUGGGUCUACUAUUCACUGUCUGCCUUGGGACAGGACUCACAGACAGCUGUGAUGGUAUGUUGGACUGUCUCAAGUCUUCAGAUACCGACUGGAGCAAUGGGAUCUUUUGUCACUCAGUUUUCAACACCAGGGGGCGUUUGCUAUAUGUGAAUUGUUCAUGGCUGCCAUAUAAAUCUUCUCUACCAUCGAAAGCCAAUGGAUACAAGUUACAUCUGGUGUGGCCCGAGUAUCUUGAAUGUGAAGUGAUUGACACACAUGACACCUCGAUGAUCCUCGGGAAGGAACAUCUUCCAGUUCAUCUGGUGACGACUAUUUGGGUGUCAUAUGGGAUUUCGGAUCAGCUGUGUGUGAAAACAAAGAAUUUCUCCAUCAAACCUGAAGUGAAUUGUCAGUCUCCAAAGAUCCAACAUGCAGUUCACUCAGGAAACACCUUAAGAUUUCUGCUGGAUAAGAUUGGACAAGUGAGAUAUCGAGAAAUCAUGUCAUCCCAGUGGCACACUAUGAAUGUAACACACAUGGUGUUCAAUGUGUCACUGCCGGGAGCGCAAGUUCCAGAGUCGUAUGUCAUGCAGCAAAGAUGUUACAAUGAAUCCUGCUUUCAUUGCAAAUGGGAAACUGAGACAAUAGUUCCACAUGAAUUACUAGGAGCCCCAGAUAUUAUCGUCACCACAGAGAAGCUAUUACCGGGCAAACAGAGACUGACUGUUGAGUGGACGUAUACCAGUCAUGACUAUGUGGAUGGAUACCAUGUCAUUAUACACAGGCUUCCAAACAGCUGUGGUUGCAAUAUCGCCUUAAACACAGCAAAUACUGAGGUCCAUAUGAACCUUUCUGUGGCUUUCUUCAAUGUCUCAGUAACGGCUUACAAUAAGGCAGGGAGGUCCAGGUCAGCAAGCGCUGUGGUCCCUACUUUGGCGACACCAGAAUUACCAGGGGAAAUAACUGCGACCUAUAAAAACAACACCAUAUUCCUCACUUGGAGACCAUUUUUUAAAUGGGAUUUUGUUGUAAUCAAUUGGGGCACAAACUACUCACAAAUGGAAUCAAAAAUCAUCAUGCACAAGAUAGACAAUUAUUCCAUUCCAGGGCCAUUUGAAGCAAUGAAACGUUACACGAUCGGGAUUUACUUGUAUAGCUUCUGUCAGUGUAGAGACUCUACUGAAGAAACAACCUAUGGACUGACCUAUAUAUACACAGAAGAAGGAGUUCCAAGAACAGGUCCACGUAAUGUCACCGUGAAAAAUGUCACCAAGACUUCCGCCGUCAUUGAGUGGGAAGAGAUUCCGGAAGACGACUGCAUGGGAUUUUUAUUGGGCUACAGAAUUUCCUACAUUGAUACUUCAGGAAACCCCAGAAAAGAUAUUUUUCUAAAUGUCUCGAGUCAAAGACGCUACCAGAUUAAGGGGCUCACAGGCAGUCACACCUAUGAAGUAACGGUGUCAGGAGUGACCGUGACGGGUGCAGGAGCGCCCAGUAUUCCUCAGGAGAUCCAUACUCUCAGCUACGAUGAAGCUGAAUUCCGAAUCAUUAUAAUAGUAACAUGUGUUGGACUAAUCAUCAGUGCUGUCAUACUAGUCAGAGGCUGUGCCUAUACCGUUCACAGAGCAAAGAGCUGGUAUUUUCCAGAAAUUCCUAAUCCAAAACAUAGCCACAUUGUCAAGAUCAGGGAGGCGGCUGGCACAAAGAAUUUGCUCAUCCAGUCAUCACCAUCUGAUGAAGAAGAAUCUUGUAUUGACCAGCCUGGUGUGGAGGUGACUCCACAGACAGAAUCUAUUCUGACAGAGGGAACGGACAACGGUAUCUCACAGAAGAACUCUAACCUUCAGAGAUCUCAAGCCCAUGCAGGAGGCGUACAACAGUACACCAACAUCAUGCCAGUCCUCAAAGUAUUCCAAAGGAUGCCCGAAACUGCUAACUACGUACGCCAACAGCCUCCCGCAGUACAGAAGUAG